AUGAGUAUGCCCACGACCUCUGCUCGCAUCUUCCUCGUCCGCCACGGCGAGACAGAUUGGAUCACCGGGGGAAAAUUCGCCAGUCGAACCGACGUCCCCCUAUCUACAAUGGGUGAACGAGACGUCGAAUUAAUCCGUGAGCGUCUCGUCGCCGAAAACGAAAUGAUUGAUCCAACGGGUGUAGCCAAAAUCUACUGCUCCCCACGAAGCAACGCCCGCCGCACAGCUGAAAUCCUUAAACUAGGAAUCCACAAUCACCUACAUUUCUUGGACCGCGAGACGGGGAAGACAUUCAAGACCGAGUCGCAGAUUAAGGGGGAGACGGCGGAUGCGUAUAUCCAUUUAACCAAGUGGUUAGAAGAGUGGGAUUAUGGGGAUUACGAGGGGUUGACGUUGCAUGGGAUUAAGGAGGCGCGGAUGAAGCAGUUUGGGGAUCCAACUUGGGAUAUUUGGAGGGAGGGGUGUCCUGGUGGAGAAUCCCCCCAACAAGUCAGCGACCGUCUAGACGAACUCAUCGCCGAAAUCAAAUCCGUUAUCGAGGGGAACUCGGCUACCUGGCCCGGCGGCCAGAUUAUUUCUCAUCGCAGCCAGCAUGCGCAGGAUAUCGUUUGUGUAGCCCAUGGACAUAUUCUGGCUGCGAUGGCGAUUCGGUGGGUUGGUUUGCCGUUGGAUACGGGGAUGAUGAGGUUGAUUUUUGAGCCGGGGGGUGUAGCUGUAUUAGGGUUUGAGCAUGAUAAUAUCAAUCAGCCGGCUAUUGUAGUGGGGAGGAAGCCUGGGCCGUCGGAUCGGAUG